UUUCUUUUUCUAAUAUAGUGCACAUUAUUUUAUAUUUUUUAUCUUCCUUCAAUAUUCUUUUUUUCCUUAUUCCUUUAACCCUUAACCAUAUAGCUCGUUGCACUGUUGAUCCCUUUACUUUUCCUGUUGAUACCGGCAUCUCUUCCGCUCCUAAUUCUCGGUCCGGACUUGAUUCUCCACAGAGCGAUUCCGGCUGCUCGUUGGCCAGUCUUCUAACAUUGGACGGCCAUCUCAUUUCCUCCCUUCAGACUGUUGCCUUGUCAGCCUCAGAAAUGUCUGUUGUCCCGGCCUCAACCACACCCAAAUUGCGGAUGGAAUCACCUCAUGUUUCUGAGCCAGAUUCUAGCAAUUUCAAGGCUGGAGCCGAGAUCUCCGGCAUUUCGGAGGACUGGAGCGGCUCAACAACCCAGCCAAAGCCUUCUGCCGAUAAAGGACAUCGAAUCAGAUGCGAGGCGCCCAAGUCGAAGACCAAAGCUGCCACAAUCUUGACCACUGGUCCGGUUCGAGUGCAACGGAUGCGAUCCUCCAUGCAACCUGCCAAGCACGAGUCAAUCGAGACCGGACCCACCCAAACAGCAUGUAAACUUGUUGGCGAUUUCCACUCAUAUGACAACGGAGCUGGGGGCGUUGGUAACUCAACUGCCCUGCGACGCACCAAGAGCAAUCGCGUCGAGCGUCCUGUUCUACUGCAGACCAGCACUCAAACACCACCAGUGCCGAGCGACCCGAAGUUGGGACAAUCACCCGUUGAGGCGGUGUUCCACUAUCCAGGAGUUGACACGAAGAUCUCCAUUGAUCAAAGUUCUGGCACACUUAACAACUUCGUAUCUGUUGCUGCUGGUGCUUGCUCUGGUUCUGGUGAUGCUGGUAGUGCUGGUGUUUCUGCUAGUGCUGGUGGCGGGAUAUUGUCAUUUUUGCGGUUGCGCUCGUCCUUUCGCGAGUCACUCUCUUGGAUGUCGACCUCCGGAGUCGCGGGUAUCAUGUCGGGACCACGGCAAGACCUACGGCUUACGGCAUUGAGGGCGAAACAAGGCGAAACUAGGGCUCUACUUCAGCUAAGAGAGACACAGAUUGAGGUUAGACCAGGGGGUAAUUGGAUGAUGUGA